CCCACUUCAGUGCUUUUUCCCCUAGACCAGCCUGCCAUGUGACCUAUGCGCCAGGCCAGGCAUUUGCUUUUCAAACCGCAAGAUGGCCUUCCUGGAGUGCAGCUUGGCUGUGAAGUGAACUGGCCUGUCCCCACUCGCUCCUCUUGGCUGUGUGGGUCGUUCAGCGGCUUGCUUGUCUUCCAUUCGGUGCCUUGGAGAGCCUGCUUGUCUGUAGCAGAUGCUGCACGCUUUGGUAGCCUCUGAGCUGAAAGAGCAGCUUGUUGUUUGAGAAAUAAGCUCGGAUUGUGGAGUCAGACUUGUUAUCGUAAUGCUGCCUGCGGGUGACAGGCUAGUGCCUGCAGCUGGGACUUGGGCGUUCCUGACUUCAGAGCAGUUAACUGUGCAAUCUUGUACACUCCCUCCUAAGGAAUUAGGAGGCUGAAUGCAGAAAAGUUGCAUUUGUAGCUGGUCAUAAACUAGAAGUUUACCCACAAAAGCUUCUGCCCAAAUAAAUCCCUUAGUCUUUAAGGUGCCACCGGACUCCUUGUUGUUUCCAUUAAAAGUGUCAAUUCUGUUCCUGGAGUGGGAGACUCCUGCUGAUAGGGCACUUCUGAGGGACCUAACCAUGGUAGGGGAAAAAAGCAGCACCAUGGUAGAUGGGAUUCCAGGGGGACAGAUGCUAAGUAAUGCACACUGGAGGGACUAAUCUGAACUCACCAUCCACUUUACUGGGCUGUGUAUUAACCAUCACCACUCACGGCACCGCGGUGUACCACUCUCUGAUUCCUCAACUUGCAGCGCAACAACGGUGCGAAAGGCAAACGCAGCGCUGUGUUUGCCUCAGGAAUGGGCUGGGGAAUACUAUUGAAAUCCUCGGCAUGCCCUUCCGUAAAUCAGUGGGGAGCCCUCCCUUGGAGAUGAUGUGCAGUACUGGUCAACCCAUUGCAGAAGGGACACUGCCGAAUCGGAGGGGCUUCAGAGAUGAGCGACAAGAAACUCUCCGCCCUGGAAGGAGCCACGAGUGUCCCAUCGCCAUCCGGAUCUGUCCCUGGAGCCUCUGCCCCCUUCCGGCCCCUCUUCAACGACUUUGGCCCCCCGUCCAUGGGCUACGUGCAGGCCAUGAAGCCACCAGGUUCCCAGGGCUCCCAGAGCACGUACACUGACCUACUCUCAGUCAUUGAGGAGAUGGGCAAAGAGAUUCGACCCACCUAUGCAGGUAGCAAGAGUGCCAUGGAGCGGCUGAAACGAGGCAUUAUCCACGCCCGGGCGCUGGUGAGAGAGUGUCUGGCAGAGACAGAGCGCAAUGCCCGUACGUAACAGCUGCUGCCCUGCCCCAUGGACCUUCCCACCAAUGAGCAUCUGAGAACCUGCAGAUCUGCCCUCCCACGGACCUUCCCACCCAAGACCUGGCUCUGCCAUACCCCACACAGACCUUUCAGCAUUUGGCAGCUGAGGAUCCAGAGCAGGUCCUGCUGGAGUGCAGCUGUUGCCGGCAGUCAGCGCUGGGGAAGCUGGCGCUUGGGCCAUGCUGCAGGGAUCUCCAGGGAGAGGAGCCAGCGGCUUUUCUCACAUCUUUAUAACGUGUUUGUUUUUAUAACUCAAUAAAAGAAAGCGUUGGGAUUCUGA